AUGGCACCGUAUCAGCCCUCGAAAGCUGAGCUGGACCGCAGAAAAAUUGUGGGGAUCAACGCCGAAACAGUUACAGAUGUCUCCUCGACCGAUUAUCCAGGACACUAUCCGGGAGAGGACCAUUCCUGGGACAAGUUCAAGUUUGAGGAUAACUUCGAAGUGAAGAUCUACAAAAAUGAACCACUCGAAUCCUCAUUCUCCCUCAUCGGAUUAGACGCCGCAGUCGCAAAUGCCUUCCGGCGCAUCAUGAUCGCAGAGAUCCCGACAUUGGCCAUCGAAACCGUCUUCGUAGCCAACAACACCUCUAUUAUUCAAGAUGAAGUUCUCGCGCAAAGAUUAGGUCUCAUACCGCUGAAGGGAAGCAAGCAAGGUCUACUUGAGUUUUUGAAAUGGUGUUCGCCGCCGGCAGAAGGAGAGGCUCCAUAUUCGAUAGACUCGAACACCAUCCUCUUGGAACUCAAAAUCGCAUGCACGCGUAACGAGAUGGCUGCGAAGGGAGAGACUGAUCCGCUCAAGGCGUACCAUAACGCACAUGUCUACGCUAAAGAUAUCUUGUUCAAGCCUUUCGGCCGCCAAAGGAAUUACUUUAGUGGGGGAGAUGAGAUCAGGCCCACGAAUCCGGAUAUCUUGAUUGCAAAAUUGAGACCAGGACAGGAGAUUGAUGUGGAUAUGCAUGCGAUCAAGGGGGUGGGAAGUGACCAUGCGAAAUACUCGCCUGUGGCUACGGCUUCGUAUCGACUUAUGCCUACGAUCACGAUUCUGAAGCCGAUUUUGGGGAAGGAUGCUGAGAAAUUUGCGAGAUGUUUUCCUCGGGGUGUUAUUGGGCUUGAGACGGUGACGAAGAAGGAGGCUGCAAAGAAGGGAAGCGGAUACGAAGGUCAUGAGGGCGAGAAGAAGGCCGUCGUGAAGGAUCCGAUGAAGGAUACUGUGAGCAGGGAAUGCCUAAGGCAUGAAGAGUUUGAGGGAAAAGUCAAGCUAGGAAGGAUACGAGACCACUUCAUCUUCUCGGUGGAGAGUGUGGGUCAGUGGGAUAGUGACGAGCUUUUCUUAGAGUCGGUUAAAAUUCUGAAAGGCAAGUGUGAUGUGCUAAAGAGGAGUUUGACGAACAUGGUACGAUAG